GGGAGAAUGUCCACUCCUAAUGACACCCAGUUCUAUCCUUCUUCAUUCCUCCUGUUGGGAAUUCCAGGACUGGAAGCUGUGCACAUCUGGAUUGGAUUCCCCUUUUUCCUUGUGUAUCUUGUUGCACUCCUGGGGAAUGCUGCUGUCCUGUUGGUGAUCCUGACUGAGCACAGUCUCCAUGAUCCCAUGUACUACUUCCUGGCCAUGUUGGAUUCCAUUGACCUGGGUCUGUCCACAGCCACCAUCCCCAAGAUGCUGGGCAUCUUCUGGUUCAAUCUCAAGCAUAUAUCUUUUGGAGGCUGCCUUUCCCAGAUGUUCUUCAUCCACUUCUUCACUGCCAUGGAGAGCAUUGUGUUGGUAGCCAUGGCCUUUGACCGCUACAUUGCCAUUUGCAUUCCCCUCCGGUACACCAUGAUCCUCACCAACAAAAUCCUGAGCAUCAUUGCAGGUGUUGCUGUCCUGCGGAGUCUGUGCAUGGUUGUUCCCCUGGUGUUUCUGCUCCUGAGGCUGCCCUUCUGUGGGCACCAUGUCAUCCCUCAUACCUACUGUGAGCACAUGGGCAUUGCCCAUCUGGCCUGUGCCAGCAUCAAAGUCAACAUUAUGUUUGGCCUUGGGGAUAUGUCUCUUUUAUUAUUGGAUGUGCUCCUUAUUACUCUCUCCUAUGUCAGAAUCCUCUAUGCUGUCUUCCACCUGUCCUCCUGGGAGGCCCGACUCAAAGCUCUCAACACCUGUGGCUCUCACACUGGUGUUAUCUUAGCCUUUUUCACACCAGCAUUUUUCUCUUUCUUGACACACCGUUUUGGCCACAGCAUUCCCAGAUUUAUCCACAUCUUCUUGGCCAAUCUAUAUGUGGUUGUUCCUCCAGCCCUCAAUCCUGUGAUCUAUGGGGUCAGGACCAAGCAGAUUCGGGAGCGAGUGCUGAGAGUCUUUUUUCAAAAAUGAUGGUUGAUAA